AUGAACAUACCGCUUAAGGUUAUAGUGCGCGUCGCACCUAUUGCGUGCCAUGAAGCAGACAAUAAGGCUAGCGUUCAGGCAGGCGACAAUCUGGAGGAUGACAACUAUCUCAAAGCGGGAGAUGGCCGUACGUUUCGUUUUUCGCAAAUUUUUCAUUCACCGAUCAGCAAUCAGGAGCUUUACUUUGAAUCCGUUGCCGGGCUAAUGGAAUCUGUGCUGGAGGGCUACGACUUUUCGAUCGUAACGUAUGGAGCGAAGGCGACAGGCAAAACGUUCUCGCUUUACGGCGCCCCAGCCGAGAACAGUCCGAGACAAGUGCAUGACGACGGGAUUGUAUUAUGCUUCAUUCGAGACUUGUUUUGCCGCUUAAAUGCGCAUCCAGAGCGUAUGUUUUCCAUUAGCGUUGCGUGGAGUGAAAUUACAGCCAGUGGCGAUGUGAUGGACGUGCUAGAAAACGCCGCCAUGGUGCAAUGUUUCUCGGUAGAGGACACUUACGCGCUUCUCGUGCUCGGUCUGCAUCGACGCAAUAGAGACAACCACAGUAUUCUUAGCUUAAUAUUGGAGCAACAGUGGACUUCCGUUGGAGGCAUGAACCAGCAUCGACAGUCGACCAUCAGCUUCUGUGACCUCCGGGGCACGGAGCGAGAAAUGGUGGACGAAAUGCUAGUACCCAGUGAUACAGGGCUGCGCAAGCUGGAGGACAUUGUUAUCCGUCGAAACGAGCAGUACAACGAGUCCGUACUGACCGCAUUUCUGAAAGAUUCCUUCGGAGGUCGGGCACAAACGUUGCUCCUGUUGUGCGUCUCCGCUUCCACGCUGGAAUCUGACUGUACGGCACACGACUUAGAAUUUGGCGAACGAGCGGAGGAGAUUGUGAAUCACGUCGUUAUGAACACGUUCUCCGAUAAUAACGUCCCGAUCGUGGCCCUGAACGAUGAUACGCUCGGCGGUACGAACAUAAAUCUCGAUGGGCUAUACUUUGCAUCGCAGCAGUGGUCAAAGCUGUUGAAAAAUGCCGAAUGUUUGUUCACCAAGCUGUUCAGCACGUGUGAGCUUAAUCAAACGGAACGAAAUCAAAUCGAAGAGUGGCUAUACCUCAAGGCGGAGUGUGACGAUUGUUUCAGCUCGACCGACAUCAGCCUGCCGACCGGGACCCAACCGACUCGAGUAUGUUUAGGGCCGAUAGAGGAGAUCGACGAGGCAGAGGAUAACGCGCUGCACGACAGCAAUAAAGAAGCGUUUCCUUCGGAUAAUGAGAGUGAUUCGGACAUUUGUACACACCUCACGGACGUGAGCGAUCGCAUACAAAGCUACAUUAAGACGUUUCAAGCAAAAACCAACGAUCUCAUCAUGGACAAGUAUCAGGAUUUUUUCCAAACGCAUCCCGAAGGCGGAACCGCUCCAGAAUCCCGAGAGGAGCUGGAUCAAAACAAAGAACGAUCGGCUGACGGUGGCAACUUUCACAAUCCCGCACGAAGGAAAUCAAUCUUUGACGGCGAAACGACUUACAGCACCGAUCUGACGCUGAUGAUGCCGCUUAAAAACGAACCGUUGACCAUCGCGACGACGGCAGUGGAGAAAAAACUAAACAGCAAUUUACGCAUCUGUCAGACAAGCAUAGAAUCGCUGCAUGCACAGAUUGAAGAGAUCCGGCGGACAAUCACGCUGAAGCAAAAGUACAUUACAGAUCUGAUCGAGAAUAGCGAAACUCGCUCGGUUGCCAAGUCGCGCUUCAGCAAGAAAAAGCACAAGCUCGAGGCGGAAUACGAGAAGGCAAAGAAGCAGCUACGGAAAUCGGUUGUCAACGGAACGAACAAGGAAGAAAUCAAUCGGUUGAAAAGCCAAACAUCACAGCUGGAGCAGAGGUUGAAGGAUCUGGAGUCGAUCGGCUUCAUUGCUGGCGAAUCGGGCCACAAGAAGAAAAAGCUGCAGCAAUCGAUCAAGGACUCGCAGAAGCAGCUGGACGUGUUGCAGAGAAUGCUCAAAAAGGAACUCGAACGCAAGGAAGCGCUUGAGAAGGAGCUGGAAUCGCGAACCCAAAAGGAGUCGCGGGCGGCAGCUCGAACGAACAGUAACGCGGGGGUGCAAGAGCUAAGCGAAAGUAAGAGCAAGAUAAGGAACAUGAACGAGCGCAUCUCGCACAUUGAGCACGUGCUCAAAGAAAAGUCGAGCAAUUUGAAAAAGUAUGUCAACAAGAAAAGCGCCGAAAAGGAAUCGCUGCGCUGCGAGAUACGCAACCUACGAAGGACACGCGAUCAUCUGGUCGAGCAGCGAUGCCAUCUCGAUCGGAAGAUACGCGAAGACAAGAUGCCGUCGUUUGAUGAAGAGCGCAAGCUUGUGGAGUGUGACGAAGCGAUCGAGGCGAUCGACGCGGCAAUAGAGCUGAAAAAUGAACUGAUCUGCGGACGGCGUAGCAUCGACACGGACGAAAGCUUACAGCGCGAGAAGGGCGAACAAAUGCUGAUGGCCAGACUGAACAAACUGUCGCUGGACGAGAUGCGCACGCUACUGUACAAGUACUUCCAAAAGGUUGUCGACCUGAAGGAAGCCAGCCGCAAGAUGGAGCUUCAGUUCAUCUCGCUCGAGCGGGAGAAGGAUGCGUGGGAGUGGCAGGAGAAAAUCCUGACCAACACCAUCCGCCAGACGCGCCUGGAGAAGGAGCGCUCGAUCGUGGCACUGCAAAAGCAGCACGAAACGAAGCUGAACCUCAUGUUGCGCCACUUUGCGGUCGACACGUCGGCGUCCAUUUCCAGCACCAUCCCGGAUAGUGUGCUGCCGCCUUACCACACCCAAACCGAGUUGGUGCUGGGGUCCGGUUCCGCCCGCUACCAUCACCACCGGGUGCAGUACGAAUCGGACAGUGGUAGCAGCGAACCGCGGUUUUUGAGCGGUCACACCUCCAAGCAGUUGGCGCAUUACAAAACCAGCUCGAUUCCACCCGCCGGAGCAGGUAGCGUUCUCGGGCAAAGCUCGGCCGCGGCUUUCGCGCAACAUCGCAGUGCUACGACGGCGGUGGCCCAGCCACCUCUGGUGGCAAUCGCGGAGAAGGAACAUCGGCCGAAAAAUAAGCUUUUCUCGAAGCUGCAGGUACUUUCGCGCUACCACGGAAGCGAUAAGCGCAAGAUUUUUCAAUCCGACAUCCCGCAGCAGAAUCUCAAGCAGCUACAAGGCGCGUCGCGGCCAUCGCUAACCAAAGUGACACGCGAGAAAAAUAAAAUCAUCAUUCAGAGUGACGGUGGAAGCAAAUAGAUGGGGUAUUUUUCGCCCCCGACAAUCGUACCCAUUUGUAGUUC